AUGGCGACCCGCGGAGCCACGAUGCGGAGUCGCAAUCUGGAAACCGGGGAACUCGGCAAAUUAGUGACGGGAUUAAAGGUUUUCGCCAAGACCACGUCUACACCGGUCGAACGUCGGGCCGGUCAAUGCUCCGAAUUUCCACCGUCUCCCCCGUCCGUCAAAUCCGUGGGAUCCGUGAAACACGUUUGGGAAGUCCGUUUUAUCCGGGAACGUACGCUUUCGGAAAUCUUCGGUCAUUCGUCAUUCUCUUUCGUCAAUGCAAGCGCAGAGAGUGCGUUCUUAUAUUUUGGCUCAGGUUCUUCCGAAUUUCUAAUUCGGAAUCUCACUCCGUUGCGGAUACGUAGUUCCAGUGAUGCAGUGAUCGCAGUGACCUACUGUCCCAAAACAUGGGAUCAACGAGUUCGGAUUCAACAUCCGAGUCAGGCUUAUUACCCGGUGACCGCAUUCUCCGCAGGGCCAGGUAUGAGGGGCCACCCUUCCCCUCUGAUCACUGGCUCUUGA